GUUUUGUACGAAUACUUGUGCUUUGCUCCUCCUGCGCCUGCUGCACCUCAGCGAGAGACAGGGCAAGCACUAGAACACCCGCUGCAUGUCUCACAAACAUCAGCUCAGUCUCAUUGGUCGACUUUCUCGAUAAUUUCAAACAUCCUGCGGGACCCCCCCAUCGCUUUCGCGCCCCAAAACCACCAGCUGCAACCCCUUAAACUUGGGGCCUGUCGCGACACAGCUGUGCAUCAUCACCCAACACGUUGCAAGAGGAGGAAAAGAAGGGGAAGAACAGCCGGAUUCGCUUACAACGGACGCCGUUUGCUCUUGCAUCCCGAUUUCUUUCUUCGAUCGACGAUAGACCGGCAUUUCGACUUCCUCGUUCCGGCCACCUACCCCGAACACGGCGGCUUGUUUGCUACCUAUGCGCUUGCAUGCGACGAACGACGUCUCUAUUCCCGCAAACGGACUCCCACUUGCUGCUACGCUUUCUACACUCAGCGCCCGCAAAAGCCACCACGCAAUCUCGCAUAUCUACGGCGGUGCCCCAAGCAAAUCGACUCUUGACGACUUCUCCGGCGUUUCUCGACAAACCUGCACUUUUGCCUCGAACCCCGCCAAAACUUCCGCGACUUGCUUGUAGCUCGUCUAGCUUCAUCUGAUCUGAUCGUGAACCAGACAACCAGCUCGACCCUGGAAACCAACUCUUAAUCCAUCCGAAUCACGACCGGACGGGCCACGGGCCAAGCAGCGUGGGCAGCGUUUUUGACUUUGCCCGAAACUUUGCCCAGAUGCCUUCGUCCUGACUGUUGCUUAUUGUUUACAAAGAGUGGCUGUCCAUUGAGGUUCUCUUGCGCCUCUGAAGGUUUACCGGUUAAUUGCAGCUAGCCCCGUUGGGAACCGACUCGCUUUGUGUCGCUAGACUCCACGGCCGCUGCAACGACAAUCAACGUCUUGCAGCUUAAAUCAUACAACGCGCAGGAGGCUGCACAAACGCAACCUGAGUCGUUUGCAACCGAUUCUGCCAUCAAAAACAAUGGCAACUCAGACUUUAAAUGCCCACGCGGGCCAUGCUCACUCGAGCUCCACCUCAUCGUACCCCCCGCGGCCUGCUUCUCCUACAUUGACGAAUCCCGACAUGAUUCUACCCGAUUACGAUCGCUCGCCCUCUCCCGACCGGUCCCAUUCUCCGUUAACAAUGUGGAAGAAUUCGCAUGCUGUCGAUAUGAACAUGCAGUUCCAAUUCCCUCCAAGCGCCUACAUCGCCGGGCCCAUCACUCCUACGACACCAAUAAUCUACGGCAAUGGAACUAUGCUGUCCGAUAUUGGUGAGGUCACUGAGGCCGAGAGCACACCUGGUAGAAGAUCACGCCCGACUUCGGUGAUCUGGUCCAGACCCAACAAUCGAAGCGGCGACGAUUCACGACAGCCACAGUCACCCACUAAGAUGCUCGAGAGCUUGAAGAAGCGGGCGGCUCAAGCGACGCGUUCGCGCCGGUCUUCCGUAGAGUCCACAAGCACCAUCACCACCACUCAAGACCAAAAUGCCAUGUUCGCAGACUUCGACGAUACCGUAAGCGUCGACGACAGCAACUUCCAGGGCGAUGAUGAAGAGAGUGUGGCAGAAUCAUAUGCGGAAGAUGCAUCUGUGCAUCAAGCACAUGCCAUACAUCAACCACCCAGGGAAUCCCUCGACGACCCCAAUAGGUACUCGACCGCACUCAUCAGCCGACGAGCAGAGCAGAUUCUGGCGAAUGCCAAGCGGAGGCUGACGACCAUGGAAGGCAACUUAUCGAGAGCGCGAAGCUCUUUGAGUAUCUCAACUCCUUCAAUGUCUUCGUUUGACGGGAAUAACUCGACCCCGUCUCCCACGAUUUUGCGCCCUGCCUCAUCCGCAGCUUCGCCAACCUCUAUUCACGGGCACGCAAGGAUGUUGAGUGAUACGUCUCUCAAUUACGACGCAGCUAACAACGGCACUAUCCCAAGAAGGUCCGCCAGCGCCAUGGGAGCGGCUGGAGGCUAUCGACAACCGUAUUCUAUACGUAAGAACGUCCAUGAUGCUACGUUGGAGCGCCUAAACUCUGGAGGGGAAGCCCAAUCUCGAUACAAGGCAGCACAGGAGAUAGGUCUCGAACCUCUUGGCGAGGAUGAAGUCGCGCAAGAGUUCCACUCAGGAAGCGAUAGCACUAAGCGUGAAAGCUUGCUGAGCCCGGCACUCAGCUCCUCGAGCCGCGAUCGGCCAUUGGUGCGUUCGGCGUCGGUAGCGCAGAUGCGCGACUUAAAGGGUCAGGUACAAGACCUGAAAGGCAAGAUCUCGUCCUUGAGAGAGCAGGCGCGCGCGGACACAAUGCGACGGCGCAGUCUCCAAAGCUUACGAACGCCAAGCCCCUUUACUCAUGCGCAGGUCGAUCAGUGGUACGCCAAAUCGCAAGAGGAGCAAUCGCCACCCUUGACUGCUACGUCGGACAAGAACCCAUGGAACGCCGACGCAGUCAGUGUCGACGGGCUGGUCCAAGAGCGGGGAUUCCCAUCAGACGUACUAGUCGAACUCCAGGAGCCUUCGAUCAUGGAAGACAACGAGUCCAUUGUAGACGAGUACGAUGCAGCCCAAGAAGCCAUCCGACAAGAAGAGAGACAAAAGGCCCUUGACGCUAUGGAGGCAAACAAGGGCCAGGAUGACGCAGUUGACGAUGACGAUGACAUCUCUGACAUGCAUACUGAAGAUGGUUUUGAAGACAGCGUGCAGGUCCAGGAGGAAGAUGGAUACGACAGCGAGAGUGGUGACUCCCUUUACCACGAUACAGUCCAGACUUUCAUGUCCCACGAAGAUCGAGAAGACGCUUUCGAUUACGAACACUUCUUCCUCCACAGCGCACUAGGCAACCUGAGCCAACAGCGUCGGGGCAGCGUCAGUUCCGAAAGCUCCGUCGAGACAACUCGUGGACCGAUGACAUCGGAUGAGUCGAUUCGACCGAGAUCGCACCAUCGAAGAGGCAGCGGCGACACUACUUCAACGAUCGAGUCUUUUGCUACGGCUCGCUCGGGGAGAGGCAGCAGAAUCAGCACAAACGACGUGAACGAUGACUUGAGACAUGGUAUUCUCACCCCGCCAAGCGUCAGCCCGAUCAGUGAGCACACUGAGAGCCCUCCUACUGCCAAGCGGUCAACGAUCGGUAGCACCAUGGGCGGCGAGGACGUUUUGGAGGAACUGAGAACACGCGCGCGGGCUGGCUCCACGGUCUACCGUCGACCGAUGAGCACUCAAGCAACGAUGGGUCACCGUCCGUCGACUGCGUCCUUCGACUCAACGGGUACCAACCGAAGCUUCCCGUUGGUGGGCAAGGCGCGCGUUAGCGUUGGUGUCCUUACGCCCCAGGGUUCUCCCGAGCUGGAGCUGAAGACGAUUUCUGACGCUCUCAUGAGCGAAACCGCUAGCAUUUGUGACAAAGAGAGUAUGCAUACACCUGAUCAGCGCGCACCCAUGGAAGCACUGGCCAAGGAGGACCAGAUCCUUGUCGAACGCUUCGUUGCCAGCCUCGGCAGGUGUGUGCUCGCCAUGAGCGAGGCUGGUAAGGCGUCUUCGGAGAGUCGGAUGUAUAGAAGACGCAUUGAUGCGGCUCGCCGAAUCUUGGAGGGUAUGGGCGAAACUUCAUAAUGGUUCCAUUGUUCUUUUCACUGCGAUGAUCUGUUGAAUCCGUGAGAGUCUCAACAGUGGUAGGGGCUAUGCUGCAUGGCGCAGUGACGGCAACAGCUCAAGGAUACCAGCAUUGGUGCCCAAAAACGAAUAACUGAUAAUGUCAAAUGAAAAGUGGGAGGCUGCGAUUGAGGGGGGAAACGGAGCUAGGCGGAAGAAGCUUGUUAUUUUCCACGCAACCCACAUCGGUUGACGAUUCAUUUCCUAUUUCGACUUCGAUACCCUUCUUGUACGUUUUUACAGCUACGUACCAGCUGUUACUUUUCUCUUCUUGUAUCUCGUCUAUUCAUUUGCUCAAGAGCUGCUCACCUUUCCUUUGUCCAAAGAAGACUCGACGUCUUAAGCGUUUUGUUGAGAAUACCAGUGCUGGGAACAUGUAUUAUGUGAAGAGAGAGCUGGACGGUUUCUGAUUACCAUUCGAGUCUUUAGCCUAGUUCAAGAAUACUAUGCAAUAUCCUUCAUCGCCAC